UACUUAACUGUUAUAGUUAAUCUAUAGUUCAGUUUGACGUAAGAUUGGGCACUUGUGCAAUAAAUAAUUACGACCGACAAAAACAUUUAUCGAUUCUGAAAAUUUGAGACUAGAGGUCUCUUGUAACUUCUUCAAGUUAAAUCUUCUAUAAAAAAAUAUAAUGGCCCUUCCACGCGUGCUUGCCUCUCGCCUUAUGCAACAAACAGUGCGUCGCUACCACGGAGACCACUCCUUCAAGCCCCCCUCCAUGGACGAGCUGCCCGUCCCCCGCGGCUCCUGGCAGGCCAAGUACGACGCUGACCAGAGGAAAUACAACUCUAUCCUCGCUUUUGGCAUUGCUUUCACUGUAUUCUCCAUUGGCCUUGCCAAGGGCUCCGGUCUCCUGUACCUGAACUACGCUCCUCCCAAAUCCAUUGAUUAAACAGUUUCCACACACAUUAUGUUUAUUGUUAGUGAAAUAAAACUAUAGUAUUUAAAAA